AUGUCUUCCAAUCCAGUGCCUGUUAACAUCAUAUAUGCCAAUCCAGCGCCUUCUCCCAUCAUGUCUGCCAAUCCAGUGCCUGCUCCUGUCAUGUCUGCCAAACCAGCGUCUGCUCCCGUCAUGUCUGCCAAUCCAGCAACUGCUACCAUCAUGUCUCCCAAUCAGCGCCUGCUCCCGCCAUGUCUGCCAAUCCAGUGCCUGCUAACGUCACACCUGCCAAUUCAGCGCCUGCUCCCGUCAUGUCCUCCAAUCCAGCGCCUGCUCCCAUCAUGUCUGCCUCUGCCAAUCCAGCGUCUACUCUUGUCAUGUCUGCCAAUCCAGCGCCUGCUCCCGCCUGGUCAAUCCAAACCAGCACUUGCUAAUGUCAUGUCUGCCAAUCCAGCACCUGCUAACAGCAUGCCUUCCAAUCCAGUGCCUGCUAACGUCAUAUAUGCCAAUCCAGCGCCUUCUCCCAUCAUGUCUGCCAAUCCAGUGCCUGCUCCCGUCAUGUCUGCCAAACCAGCGCUUGCUAACGCCAUGUCUGCCAAUCCAGCGCCUGCCAACGGCAUGUCUGCCAAUCCAGCGCCUGCUCCCAUCAUGUCUUCCAAUCCAGUGCCUGCUCCUCGCCUGCUAACGUCACGUCUGCCAAAACAGUGCCUGCUCCCGCCUGGUCCAUCCAAACCAGCGCUUGCUAACGCCAUGUCUGCCAAUCCAGCGCCUGCCAACGGCAUGUCUGCCAAUCCAGCGCCUGCUCCCAUCAUGUCUUCCAAUCCAGUGCCUGCUCCUGUCAUGUCUGCCAAUCCAGCGCCUGCUCCUGUCAUGUCUGCCAAACCAGCACCUGCUACCGUCAUGUCUGCCAAACCAGCGCCUGCUCCCGUCAUGUCUGCCAAUCCAGCGCUUGCUAACAUCAUUUCUGCCAAUCCAGCGCUUGCUAACAUCAUGUCUGCCAAUCCAUAG